UCCACCAUGGAAUAAGUAAACUACAGAAAUUGCGAACGCUUCGAAGUGAGAUGUUUCAUGGUAUAAUACAUAUAAAGAAUAAAGAUAAACACUUUAAAACGAAUCAUCGGAUUUACCUACACGAUAAAAAGAACGUCAAGUGGUUAAAUCGUAGCUGCACUUGCCAAGUCCGACAGACGUGAAACCUUUACGCUCGAAACUUUCUUCGAGUAACGAUCGAAGAUCAAACGGAGGAUCAAAUAGUUACGAGGAACAAGAGUAUAUCUCGCGAAAGUUUCUCGAGAGCAGGGAGGGAACAAGGGAGAGUCGCGUGGUGUUCUCCUCUCAAGAGGCCGCGCGCAUGGCACAGCCGAUCAUUGCGGACAAUCGGUCACUCGUCGCGAUCCGCUCUUUGUGAUACACCACGCAACACCGUUCGCGGAGAAGGAAGAAGACAAGUGGCGCAAAAGGAACAAGAUGAUGGCGGGAACGGGGGUGGGUGGUGUCGGCGGUGUAGGGAUGCUGAGAACCAGACGGCGGGACGUCAGCGUCAAGCCAAAUAGAAAACUCGACCGGAAGUCCUCGAGGGGGAUGAUUUACGAGAACGAGGAGCUCAGACUGAGGACCAUUCACAUCAAUGCCGAGGUGGAGCAAGGUCAGAACGAUAUCAAGAAAUUGCGCAGAGAGAACGAGCAGCUGCGUAGAGAAAUAUGGAGUCUCAGGGACGAGUACGACAAACUUGAGGAAAUUUUGAAGAAACAGAAAAACCCUGACGAAAGCGAAGAGUACGAGGAUCGCUCCGAGGAGGAUGAUGGGUUGCAGUCGGACUUUUCCUGCGAGGAGGACGAAGAGGAAUGCGAAGAUAAUGAGAAGAUGGUCAAGGACUUCAACCAAGAAGAACAGCUAGAAAACGCGGAGAAUCAGAAGAUCUCUUCCGAAAAGAUGAGCAGCAAUAUGCAUCGACUUCACGUGGAGUUCGACGAUCUGUCGGUUGUUGACGAGGAGGAAGAGCUAAAGAGAGAUAAGGAGAAGAAGGAGACGACACCGGAGAAGGAUCAGGGAAACGAGGCUGUCGGGCAUCCACCCCCGCCGAUUCUCAAUCCCCGACAACUUCACGAUAACAUCCCGUUUUAUCCGGCCACGUACGAGCCGCCGAGUGGUUUCAGCGGAACCAGUUAUUACACCGAAUGCCCGUUCGAGUUCCCAAGUACGGUAGAUUUAAUGCUACCCACGGACACGUCCGUAUUAUUGGCUUCACCAUACUCCGGAUUACAGUCUGAUCCAUUGAUCCCGCUGGCCAACUUAGACGUCGGGAGUCUAGAAGUAGCCGAUCCGAUGUUACCUCAAAUUCACGUCCCACCCAUCGGUUGGCAAAACGACAUGGUCUCUCAAAAACAAGCACCUACUUAUACGGAUAGCAUCACUCCUGUCGUAUCAACAACGGGAACAGGAAAGCCGGACUCGCCGAUAGUUUCCUCAAUGGGAAGUUCAGUGCCGCCGUCAAAUAUUUUCAGUUUGUUAAGAAAAAGAAAUGCAAGUACGAGGCAACCCACGAAGCUUUAUGAAACAUCAACUAUUCGAGAUUCACGAACGCAGUUUUCCGAAGAAACGGUCGGUAAAAAUGUACGGAACGUGGAUUCUCUUGGAUCCGUUAUGGUAAAUGGAGAAAAGGAUAUGCAGCGAGUUGAGAACGAAGAUGCUAUGAUGUUCACGGUACUGGAAAAGCCUAAACCGUUCUUCUCGCCACAGCCUUUCAAGCUAAAAAAACAAGAAGAAGAGUCGCCAACCGCCAGUAUAAGUCAUUUUGGAACUGGAACUAGUUCGAGCAGUGGCAAAACGGCUUCCACGGUUAUUUCUAGGAUUAAUCCUUUCGCAGAAUUAAAAGGUUCGGCGGAUAUUUAUAUAAACGGCGCGAUACCUUGUGAAGACGCUUCGAAAGAUAAAAAUGAUCCAAAGGCAUUUUUGAGUAUAGAUAAUCUACUGAUCACGGAUAGCAGAAGUGUUCUAGGUAAUCAAUUGACAAAAUCAGUCUCCUGUCAAGAUCUCUCGAGUGAGUCGCAAAGUGCGCAACAAUUAAAACUGAAUCACGUUGAUUCUCAGACACUUACAAAAAGCGACAAUACUUUGGACAAUAUAAGUGGUACCUUUAAUAAACCGUACAAGAGUCACCUAAAUGUGACAUUAAAGGUACCACGAGCCGAGCAAGCACCUAGUCCAGAGACACCAGAUGUACCCAAUCUACCCUCGAUAGAUUACCGUCUCUUUAGAAAUCCUUUUCUAAGAAACUUCAACAAGAUCUGUCCUAACUAUCAAGUAAAACCAAAUCCUCCUACCACGACGCCACUCUCUAUUCACGUAAACGAUGAUGACCUUGCUUAUCCUAUGCCGAGUUACAGUCGAGGUGUUCACCUCAACGAGAGAUUUCGAACUGCACAUAUAUCGGAUCAGAAUCGACUGCUGAUACCCAGCGACCAACUGAUGAGCGAUAAGCAGGAUAUUCAAGUAACUUCCUUCGAAAAACCGAGUCCUUGCACCUUAAUACCUUCUGCCACGCCUUACGAUUUGACGACUUUGAGAAGAUUAAACGCAAAUCGAUAUCUGCAGAAUCAGCAUCUGUACCAAAACGUUCCCUUCGUAUCGCGAGGUCAAUUUUAUUCUCCGAGAUGUGGAAUGAUGUACUAUGAUAACGUCACAAAGGUACCGGCGCAAACGCAGACAUCAAUUGACGGCGACUCGCAUCACGAGGACGAAGAGACAAUUAGCGUACCAAAUUCGCCGAACGGACAGAGACGGAAAAAAAUCGUGAAGAAAGAAAAAACUCUAAUUAAGGACCAAAAACCGCUAUCGCCGGGAAUACAAAAAAAACUGAAAAAACAGAUUAUCGCCACGUCGACAGAUACACUCGAUUCACAAGGAAAAUUGACACGGAAGAAACCGAGGAGAUUAAGCACAACGACGUCUGAUGCGCAAGAGAACAAGAACGAAAGCAGGUCAUCGUCCUCAGGACAGGAAUCACCACGUAAGGAUCAAAACCGAAAAGUGUCCGUCUACAUUAAUUCUAAAAGACGACCGUCUCAAGCUUCAUUAAAAACAUUGAGAAGUGGCAGUGUCGAUGCCAAAGACAAGUUUACGGAUGGUAUCGCGUUGAAUUCAGACCGUGAAAGAACAAACUCGGUCAGUAGUCGGGAAAUCACCCACGUGAAAACUCGCAAGACUAGUACUAGUAGUGGUAAUGUGCCAUGGUGCGCGUGUUGGGGGAACGGUUGCAUUUAAUCGGAGUUGCAUAUUCAAUCCCAUUCAAGGAUACAGCUAGAAAACUAAAUGCAAAAAGUGAAGUGUUAACUAAUUUUAAUAUCGAAGUAUGCAAUUAUUAGUUAAUUAU